UUUCUUCAUAUUUUUCUUACAUUAGUUACUCAUCUACGUAACCAAAACAAAAAAGUUAUAUAUAGAGAGAUAAAUUAAAGUUCAUUUCUCUUAUCGAUCAUCAUCGUUAUAUCAUCAUAUCAUCAUAUGGCAUUUUCGGAGCCAAUAGUUAUAUGUAAGAAGCAUCCACAACACAAACAACAACCCGGAGUAUGUUCAUGUUGUUUAAGAGAAAAGUUAUCAAAGAUCAAUGGUACAACUACAAUAGCUAAAAUUUCAUCUAUUCCUUCUUCUAUAUCCUCCUCCGUUUCCUCGUCCAACUGCGGCUCUCCACGAGCCGCAAUUGGACAUCGUCGGAUCACGUCCGAUGUUGCUGGCGGCCACUAUUCGUUCGUAACGCUAGCGGCCGCCAACGCUGGAGGAGGAGGGGGGUUGAAGAAGAGUAGGUCAAUAGCUUUUGUUGCUAGAGGGGGUAGAGUUGGAAUUAAUGGAAAAAAGAAGAAAGAAGGGUUUUGGUCAAAAUUGAUCCGGUCAACGGGGAAAAGGACCAAUCGGGUUGUUGUGCAUUGAUGAGGUGGAAUUUUAAUAAUUUUAUUAGGUGGCAAUAAUUCAAGGAUAUUAAAAAAAUUGUUAAUUAGGCAAUGAGUUAGGUGAAUAUUUUGUAAUUUAGUGAAUUAUUUGUAAUUUGUAGGGUUUGGUAUUAUUUGCACGUGUAAUAGUACAAAAAAAAGAUAAGAAGAAUCAUUUGAUUUGAUGUCUUUUUUUGUAUGCCAUGUUCAUAUUUAAUUUGUGAAUAUAAAUUAUUCAUUUUUAUAGAGAAAAUGUGAAUGGUUGA